AUGUCCUUUAAAGGCUACCUCAUCUGGUACCACAAGACACACCCUCGCGCCCAGAGUUUGAAUACGUACGAAAGCGUGUGGAAGACCUUGCGUCAAUUGUACUACGAGGUAUUCCACAAGGUAGCGGCCGAUGCUGUUGGCAAAGAGAUCACCAAUCACCUCCACGCGCAGUUCUGCAGUGAGCGUGGCCUGAUCAAGGGCAUGAGACAAAAGCAUGUCGUCGGUCACAACGGCCUCCACGGCGCGCUUUACUACCAUUGGAAAUUUGAUACCGAUAAAGUUGCUCUUAAACUGGAACGUGUGCAACUUGCCACGAGGCUCCUUUUCCUGGCCUUCACCAGCGCCCGAUCUGGCGCUAUCUUCGAGAGUGGCUGCGAGGGGAUUCCGCCGGACGAAGCGUCGCUACUGGUCCUGGAGGUCACCAUAAUGUUGGAUAAGGGCAAACCCAAGCGGAAUGCGUCCCCAGACGACCGCAUUACCAUUGACUUCGCCUUCAGGGACGACAUCCUUGAGGUCCCCAUCUUCCGCCGCUCCACACUGUCAAUGGAGGGUGUACACGAUGAUCCUCUCAAGGCUCUCCCCGCCAAUUCAAUUUCGUACUGGAUCAGGAGAUCAGGCCAAAGAGCGGGCUUUGAUCAUCCUCUCCAGCCUUAUGCUCUUCGGCAUGAGGUGGGAACGGAACUGACGGACUUGAUCAAGGAGAUCGGAAAGCUCUGCUUGCGCCGCGACCCCAACCUUCCAAAGCGGCUGACAGAGGAUCAGCGCACGCAGGCUCAUCAGCACCCUGAUGUCGUCCGCGCUAAGAAACAAAAGGACGCCCUAGCACAAAGGCUCCAGGAUGGCCCUGGCUCCAUCAAGAACGGUUCGAAGUCGCCUGACGGCAUUCAGCAUACACGGGUGCAAAGCAAAUUAAGAGGUCUGAAGCUCCGCGUGGAACGCGAUGUUUUCGCACAGAUCCUUCGUGAAUUGCACAGUGCCGCGGACCUAGAUCACAUGGUGACACAGCUCAAUGGAGAAGAGCAGGUCGCUCACCAUUUGUUUCAAUCGGCGACCGAGUCCUCCUUCGCCAACAUGGUUGACAUCGUAGCCCGCCUUUAUUCACUCUUCGAAGGUAAAGACCGGAGAUGCAACAACCACGAAGGGGACGUUGUGGAUAAGACCAACAAGCCAUCUACUUGCGCACAACAAUCCCCACCAGCGAUCGACGAACCUCUGCACAGCACCGACUCUAUCGAACCUGCUAUGGACAUUCAUACCGUCAAAUCUCUCAAGGAAGCUAUGUUCACUAAAGUUCUUGAACCAAUCAAGUCGAUGAAACCGGUCACAUCUUCUAAGAUCACCAAAGCAAAGGAGCCACCUACUUCCCUGGCGUGUCUUUUUUUUACUACGGCAACCCAAACCGUAGGCGGACGCAGAGUCUCACACGCAGCGAUAGUUUGCGAAGGCACUCUCGUCAAGUACACUUUCAAUACAAGGUCGGCCUGUUUCCAUAUCCACUACCAAAUCGUAUAA